AGCCCAUGUAGAAGCUAUUACGGUUCCCUGUUCUUUUUUGGUUGUAAAGCCUGAACGGGCCUAACCUCCGUAGCAUAAAUUCAAUGCACCUUAUAGCUUAUGGCUUGCCUUAGUAAUCGCAGUCUCGGACUUCAGUUGUCAAGUUUAUUGAGUACAUGGCUUGGAACCGAUGACUAGUUAAGGAAGAAAAAAAAGAAGCUUUCAGUUAUCAGGCAGAUUGUUUCGGCUCUUAGUCUUGGGCCUAAGUUGGAUUAGAGUAGCACUAGCGCAUGCCUAUACUGCAGCGUUAAUUUUUUACAAUACGAAUUCACAUUCUUCUGUAAAGGACAUAAAUUCGUUAAAAUUCAAAGCUUAUUUACUACAUUUACAAAUAACACGCACUGCGCUGUGUAUACACGUAUGGACAGAGCUCUUGGUAGCCCCGAAAAUGUUAUAGCUACGUUACAGCGCUAUUCAAUUGCACUGAAGGAAGACAAAUCAAGAUAGAAUUAUUAUAACACAUAAGUACAUACGUACAUGCGUAUAAUACAAGUUCCAAUGCUGGUGGUUUUAGCUGUACAAAACUGAUAUUUGAUUGCAACUCGGCAAAUUCAAGUAACAAAGCAGAUAAGUACUUUACGAGAGCAAGAAACCUUCAACUUUAACUAACCAGCGAGUUUCUGUGAUUUUAACCUAAAAACGCAGUUCCAAUAGCUUUAAGAUUUUGGAUAGCCGAAAAAAUGGCCGACCGAGACAGUGCAUCUGAGAGCGAUUCGAGCUCGAUUGACGGUGGUCCAAUAAUGAUGCCGCCGUCGCCAGUUACUCGCGAACAGCUUCAAAAGAGGAUCGAGUCUCUUCAACAACACAAUCGUGUGCUCAAGGUCGAACUUGAGACUUACAAGCUGAGGGUCAAGGCUCUACAGGAAGAAAAUCGUAGCCUUCGUCAGGCUUCUGUCAUCAUACAAGCAAAAGCAGAACAAGAAGAAGAAUUUAUUAGUAACACUUUGUUAAAAAAAAUUCAAGCACUAAAAAAAGAAAAAGAAACGUUGGCGCAUCAUUAUGAACAGGAAGAAGAAUGCUUAACAAAUGAUUUAUCUAAAAAGUUGAAUCAGUUAAGACAAGAAAAAUGUCGUUUGGAACAAACAUUAGAACAAGAGCAGGAGUGCCUCGUUAAUAAACUUAUGAGAAAAAUUGAAAAGUUGGAAGCUGAAACUCUAGCAAAGCAAAGUAAUUUAGAACAGCUACGUAGAGAAAAAGUUGAAUUGGAAAAUACACUUGAACAAGAACAAGAGGCUUUGGUCAAUAAGUUGUGGAAGAGGAUGGAUAAACUGGAAGCAGAAAAAAGAUCUCUCCAAAUUAAAUUAGAUCAGCCUGUGUCAGACCCUACUUCUCCAAGAGAUAUUAAUAAUGGAGAUACAGCUACAAAUCUCAGUACUCAUAUUCAAAAUUUAAGAAGCGAAGUGGCACGUUUAAGGCAUACUCUACUAAUGUCUCAACAAGAACAUACUGAAAAGAUGCAAAGAUAUGUAAAUGAAGAAAAGCAUAUUCGUGAAGAAAAUCUUAGGCUUCAGAGAAAAUUGCAACUUGAAGUUGAGAGACGGGAAGCUCUUUGUAGACAUUUAUCAGAAUCAGAAUCUAGUUUGGAAAUGGAGGAAGAACGUCAUUAUAACGAAACAGUAAUGUCUGGAGUUAAUAUUAGAGGUCGUACAGUUACAAGUCCUGUUCCCUAUAAUCCAUCACCAAGUUGCUCUAGACCACUCAGUCCUGGUUCUUCAUCUCGAGAAAACUUGAAUGCUAAUCGUUGUUAUGCUUGUGGACAACCUACAACACUGUCAUUUGCGAGUACUUCACCACCAUCAGGAAGCCAUAUUUUAGCGCCAUCAAGUAGACGAGCUUCGGAUAGAUUUAUCAAGCCUGCAAUUCCACCAACCAUUGUGAGUCCUAGUGGUCCACCGAUAGGAAAUACACAAUCUAAUCCUUCUGGCUCAUGUCCAAUGGACAUUGCAAAAACAUAAAGUGAUUACAAAUAUCUAUUUUGUCAAAAUAUACAACGUAUUUUAUAUUUGUAAACUACGAUUAUUAAAAAUAUACUUUUUUCAGUGAAUUUAAAAUUAAAAAUCCAUUCCAGUAUCUCACAAUUUUUGCUUACCUAUUAAAGUACACGAUUUUUCCAUAUAUUUUCCGAAUUUGUGAAAAACUAAUUUUAUUUAUUAAAAGGUAGAAAAUCGAGGUAGAAUUUGUAAACAGGAAUAAAUAAAUUUGAAGAAUUCAAAUGUGCACAACAUACAUACACGCACACGAGCGCGUACACUGUUACAGACUCACAAUUCUUUGAUUUGCGUUACAUUUCGUAUUUAAUAUAUAAAUGGAUUAAUAUGCAA